AUGAAAGCGCUAGCUUGGGAAAAUCGGUUAGGAAAAGUCAAUACUGGACCCUCCGAAAAAUUAUCCCAGAUAGAAAAAAGAGCUUACUUUAUAGAACUGCGCAAUGCAGACUACAAUCACCACAACCACAUAUACACAGACGGAUCGAAACUGUCGGAUGGAGUAGGCUGCAGCGUACACUCUAACAACAUAAACAUGUCCAUCUGCCUUCCCGAUUACCUAUCGAUCUUCAGUGCAGAGGCUUACGCCAUAAAUAAAGCAAUAGAAAACUGCCCAUCCGGUCUAAACGUCAUAUUCAGUGACUCCAAAAGCGUUCUUGAAGCCGUUGCAAGAAACAACCUAAACCACCCAUGGACAGCUCAAAUCAUAAAAGAACUUCACGAGAAACGAGGUAGCAUUGAACUCUGUUGGGUUCCAGCGCAUGCCAAUAUUGAGGGAAAUGAAAAAGCGGACCAACUAGCCAAACAAGGUGCAGCCAAAAACACACCAACCGAAACAAAAAUACCUUUUGGAGACUUCAAACUUUUAGUGAACACUAAAAUAUUCCUGUUCUGGUGCACCCGUUGGAACAACAGUAACAGCAAGCUGAGGGAAAUUGAAAACACCCCUCAUGAAUGGAGCUCCUCACAGGCGAACGAUAGACACAUCAAUCGAGUGAUAACAAGGUUGCGGAUCGGACACACCAGACUAACCCAUGGACACUUCGCGAAAAAAGAAACCCCCGCGAUUUGCACAACAUGUGGCGUGCAGGUGACGGUCAAACACAUUUUUAUUGAUUGCCGGAAAUACGACACAGAGAGGCGAAACAACCAACUGGACUCAACUCUCCAGAAAAUUCUUGGAGGCGACGAAGACAACCUGAAGCGAACAGUGAAAUUCCUUAAAGAAACUAAAUUGCACGAGUUAAUUUAA